UCAAAAAGAUUAGAAGAUUAGUCUCAAAAUUACAAAAUAUGUAACAUAUUUCACUUAAACCCGUAUCAAAACAAUCACAUACUCAACCCUAAUCCUUUCUUUACAUAAAACUCCAAAAGGAAAUUGUCUAAAAGCCAAAUAUGGAUUGAAAACUGUUACCUAACAUCUGUUAGCGUAAAUGAUCUUAAUAAUAAAUAAAUUAAUGUAUGAGACAGCCUUGAAGGUUGUCAAUGAAUUGAACUAGUCCAGGCCGCCUCGGGGGCACGACGGAAGUUGAUUUGGUCCUGAUAUAAUACCAUUUAAGUAUGGUUUAUAAUAGGGACUUUUUCCGCGAUACCAAAGUGCGGUAUUUAGGCUACGCCAACGAAGUAGGCGAGGCGCUCAGGCCAGUGAUCUCCAGGAAUGCGGUGAACUUCAGCUACAAGGUGGCCGGGGCUUAUGUGCUCGCUGACACUGCUGACAAGAGUUUGAAGACGUUAUGGAGGGAGGGCAGCAUCACAAGCGUGAUACUCAGCACCGGCGACGCCCUCAUCUGGCAGACCCUGGCCUCCAUUGUCAUACCCGGAAUCACUAUCAACAGGAUCGUCUUCUACACAGGCCGAGCACUGAAAGGUAGACCGGUGACUCCGGCGGUGCAGCGGUUCGCCCCCGUCGCGGUCGGUCUGGCCUGCAUCCCAAUAAUAGUUACUCCGAUCGACCGGGCUGUCUCCUUGUUCAUGAAUGUCACAUACAGACUUAUCUUUGGACACCACCCUUAAACUACACAGUCUACUUACUAUUCAGUCAGCAUCACAAGAAAACAUCAGAACUGCAGAUUAGAUCUGUUAAAUAACAAAAAUGAUAGUGAUAAUAAGAUUAGAUUUAAAACUGAUGAUAGAUGUAGAAUAAAAUGCAUUUAGACACGCACUAGGAAUUGCUUAAAAGCUUAGGUUACAGAUUUUAGUCCGCGCUUUAUAAAAUUCAACGCCGUACACAAUAUAGUAGAGAUGCAACGGAUAGUUGUUUGGCCGGAUACCGGAUAUCCGGCCUGGACACGGCCUAAUAUCCGGUAUCCGGCUGCCGGAUAUUCGGCCGGCGGUUUUUCAGGUGCGCAUUCUGCAGGUUUGACCUGUUUCCUAGUAAACGUUCGCGAGGACUCAUUUCUAGGUUUGAAAUGAGUGCGCGUGCAAGUCAGUGGAAUGAUUAAAUUGUUUUACAAUAAUAAUUCAGUACGAUUAUGACCGUGUCUGUUUCUUAAAUCCAAUUUGUUUACUCCGAAAUCAAGCAAUGUUAUUAUCCGGUAUCCGGCCGGAUAGAAGGUCACUAUCCGGUAUCCGGCCGGAUAGAAGGUCACUAUCCGGUAUCCGGCCAGAUAGUAAAAUAAUGGCCGGAUAGGCCGGAUACCGGAUAGUAACCGGAUAACCGGUGCAUCUCUACAAAAUAGACUAUUUAUUUAAUCAUCGAGCUAUAAUACAAAUGUUAGAUGUUACUAUUACAAAAUCUCAAGAGUUUAACACAUUCGUAAAAAAACUCCUGUCAGUAUUGUAUUAGCAAUUUCGAUGAAACUAAAAUUUUGUCUUACAUCUAAUCAAAGAGUCUUAAACUUACCUUUUACAGGGAAAUCAAAGGAGUUCCCUUUAAAGCAAAUUGGCAUAUUUAUGACUGAGUGUUCCCCUAAGCUCUCUAUUAGUAAUUGCUGUGAUAAUUUUGAUAAUUCCAUAGGAUUUGACACGCUUGUGAAAUGUAUGUUGCUAUUUGACAUUAUUCGAAUUAUUUUUGUAAUCUCUAAGCUCGUUGGUUACCUCUGCACCCCACACUAGCGUCUUUUGAGCGUCGGCGUCUAUAGUUUGUUUUUUUUAGCAUUAGAAAGAACUUCGCAGAAGUAAGCUUGUGGCUCCAAAUCCGGCACUUUUAGCGGUAACAAUUAACGGUUAUAUGUAUUCACCUGCUACAUUAGAUAAUUAAAUAAUUAUUAACACUUAAAGAGCCUGAUAAAAACUGUACGCUUGCUUCUGUGGGGUUCUUUCUAAUGCUAAAAAAAAGGACUAUAGUCAGCGCUAUCGUUGCGUCGAGCAGCAGCCAUAGAGUUAGACGCCGACUCUCGGAAGACGCUAUAAUAGUGUGAGGUGGCCCUAUAACCUGGCGCGCCAAUGAUGGUCCCUAUGACUGACAGUUAUUUUUUACACAACUGCCUAAAAAAAGGAGUGUAUUAUUUUCAGCGUUCAUGUUUGUGACUUCGGAUUUAGAUGUAUAAUAUAGCGUUGGAAUCCUUACGUCAUCCCGGGUGACAUAGGCUAUGUGACGUCACAAUAAAAAACAGCAAUCGUGUUUUUAUUUUAUUUUUAAUUUAUUUAUUGUAUCUCCUUUAUUUAUUUAUUUAUUAUUAAUUUAUUUUUAUUUUAUUAUAAUAUGGAGCAGCUGUUACUGCUUUAUACUUGUCCAAAGGCUAUGAGCAACUCAUAGGAUCCAUAUAUCAUAGAUGCGUCAGGUAUAGUUUGCGAUUGGCAUACAGUUUGUAUACAGUAUGCAUUUGAUUUUCUACAAGAUCAUAGAGGUGGCUUAACAAUAUGUUAGUAAUUUUAAUAUUAUGAGGAACAUUUUUCUUACACGUCUUUUCCAAAAUGCCAUUAAAAUAAAAACUACAAGUAUUUAACUAAAAUAAAACAUAUAAUAUUCCAAAUAUUUUUAAAUAGUUUUGAUACGUCUUCGCAAACAUUUAUUAAAAUUAUCAACAAUAUGCGACAUGUAAAAAAAUAGAAUUUGCAUAUAAAGAAAAUCAAAUGUAUAAUCUGUCAAUCACCUACUAGAACUAUUUUAUCUGUAGGCGUGUUAUUGUUAAAACGUAAUAGAAAAUGCAAUUAGAUUUCGCAAAAUUAGUAAAAAUUGCAACAUAUAUAGAAAACGCUUGUAGAUCAUGACAAAUAAAUAAUAGUAGGUGCAUUGAGUUAGAACAUGACACUCGGGAGGGGGUCGAAAGACCCCCUGCAAACAUGCAAAGUAUGUUUAGUUACGAAAAUACACUAGUUGUCGCAGCGAAAGUGUUAAGAUAUAAAAUCGAUGAAAAAAUAUCAAAUGUAACAACUAUUAAAUUAAGUAAAUGAAAAAAAGGUAUUAUGUAUUCAUUACAAAAAUGUUAAGCCAUACUUAAAUUAAAUAUUAUUAUAUAACCGAUAUUUUGUUGACAUUUUUGAACGAAUCUCAUUUAAAUGCUCUGUUUUAUUUAAAGUGUAUUUGGAAUUAUUCGAAUACACCUUAUAUUAUUUAAUUAUACAUAUACACCUAGGUAUAGUAUUUAAAUUAGCUAUAGUAUUGUUACCGUUGAUUAAUAAAUGUGCUGUUUAAA